AAUGACUUUUUAUUAUUAUUGAGAGAGAACCAUUCUAUAAACAGAAGAGACAGAGAGAGCAGAAAGUAAUGGCUGAGGAAGAGGCGACAACAACUUUGGAAACAACACUUGAAUCAACACCAACAUGGGCUGUUGCUACUGUGUGCUUCAUCUUGAUACUAGUCUCCAUUCUUCUUGAGCAUUUGCUCAAUCUUUUGGGCAAGUACUUCAACCGGAAAAGGAGGAAGUCCCUUAUUCAGGCUCUUGAUAAAAUCAAGUCAGAAUUGAUGCUGUUGGGAUUUGUAUCAUUACUUCUGACUGUGAGCCAAAGGCCAAUAGCAAAGAUCUGUAUUUCAAAGAGUGUCGGUGAAACUUUUCUUCCAUGCACGGAGACUUCAAGUGAUGCUGAGGAGGAAGCCAUAUGUGCAGAGCAGGGAAUGGUUUCCAUUUUGUCUAGGCAAGGUGUGGAGGAACUACAAUACCUAAUCUUUGUGCUGGCCUUCUUCCAUGUAUUAUCCUGUGUCCUUACUUUCAGUCUUGGAAUGGCCAAGAUGAAGAGAUGGGAGUCUUGGGAGGCAGAAACUAGAACAUUGGAGUAUCAAUUUUUGAAUGAUCCACGAAGGUUUCAGCUCAGCCAUCAAACAUCAUUUGGAAAGCGGCAUCUGAAGUUUUGGAGUGACCACCGAUUUCUUCAAUGGCCGGCCUCUUUUUUUAGACAAUUCUUUCAUUCUGUUAACAAAGUCGACUAUUUCACUCUUAGACAUGGAUUCAUUAUGGCCCAUUUUACAGAAGGAACUAACUUUGAUUUUCAAAAGUAUAUAAGAAGAGCAUUGGAAAAAGAUUUUGGGGUGGUCGUGGGAAUAAGUUGGUGGAUUUGGAUAUUUUCUGUAUUUUUCCUAUUCUUCAAUGCACAUGUAUUUCACAAUUAUCUGUGGCUUCCCUUCUUUCCAUUAGUGAUGCUGUUGGUUGUCGGAACAAAGUUACAGGGAAUCAUAACAAAGAUGUGCUUAGAAAGCCCUCAUGUUGUUAGAGGGCCUUUGCUUGUGAAGCCCAAUGACAACCUUUUCUGGUUUGGCAAGCCCAAAUUGCUUCUCCACCUUAUCCACUUCAUAUUGUAUCAGAAUUCCUUUCAAAUAGCAUUCUUCAUGUGGACUUGGUACAAAUUUGGUUUUAGGUCAUGCUUCCACAAACAAAAUGAGGAUAUCAUCAUAAGGCUUGCCAUGGGUUUAGUUGUGCAAAUCCUUUGUGGCUAUGUGACACUUCCUCUCUAUGCUUUGGUCACACAGAUGGGCACGUCAAUGGGGAAGGCUGUUUUCACAGAGAGUGUGGCUGAGGGUCUGAAAAAAUGGCGAGCAAAGGCCAAGAAAAAGCUUGCUAUGGAGAACACCAAUCACUUAUCAUAUGCCACUACUAGUUUAGAUACUUCGCUUGAAACUUCGCUGGACCAUUCACCUUCUUUCACUCUUGCUGCUGCAUCAUUCUCACUAGAACGUGAUGGCCCAAACCCAAUAUCAGACUCAGAAAUUGUGGCACUUGAAAUUGAGGAUGAGGAGCAAGUAAAUGGAAAGGGGAAGCAAAAGGUGAGCUCCUUUAAUGGUUUUGAUUUGAGCAACACCAGCACCAAGUCAAAAUAUAAAGAGAGAGAGAGUAGUUCAUAGUUCAUGGUUUGUAUAUAUAUAUAUAGUCUGUACAGUUAUUCUUCACAUAGUACGGGCAUUAAUAUAGAGGAACUUAGCUUAGGUAGCUUGGUCUAAUCAUGAUGUAUGGAAAAAUCGGAUAUGUUUCUUAAUGUCCGUAUAUAUAUAUAUAUACAUUGAAAUUUUUGGUUACUAUUUGUACUUUCCUGAAUUUUUUAUGAAUGGUCUUCAGCACAGUCUUAUUGCUUA